AUGCCUGACAUUCAGGAGAUUGUGAAUGAGUUUGUCAAAGGAUCGCAGGCGACUGCUCGGCUUACAGCAGAGUUGCUUAGGUCUGUAAUUUCAAUACACAAACUGCCACCUACUAACCAGGCUGCAGCACUUAUUGAGGCUGUGAGGGGUAUAGGAGAGAAAUUAAUUGCCGCGAAUCCUAAUUUGCAUACGUCCUAUAAUAGGUCUAACACAUGCCAAACUGAUGGAAGUGCAGAGCUUGCUAUUGGGAAUAUUGUGAGACGUGUUCUGUAUAUUAUUAGGGAGGAGGAACUUUCUCUGUUGACAAGUGAUACUGAAGAGUUAAAUUUCCCAGCUGUAAGUGGUGUUGACGAGAUCAUUGACCAAGAUUAUAAUUCAGUUACAUCAGCUGCUGCAAUUGCUUCUAGAAACUUUUUACGUUCUCCUUCACUGCGUACCCUAUUGGAGAAAAUGCCAAAUUCAGCAGCAGCUUGCCAGACCUCUUCUGGUGGAGAUUCUGGGGAAAAAUGCAAAUGUAAGCUGUUUGUCUAUGUCAUAGGAAACUCCUAA